UUCUUCCUUGAUCAUUGUUGAUCUGACAUCUGCUAUAGAUGUCUUCACAGGGGUUUCGAUUGCUUGCUUUCCUCGGAUUUGCAACAUGCGAGAUUAGCUGGCAAGUAGCCUCCAUCAUACUUCGUCACUACCUAGGCUUGGGAACCACUCUCCCAACCUGGCCGCUGCAAAGAAUCAUCAGAUUGCAGAUCACAAAGUCAAUCCUCAGAUCCAUCUCUACCACCCGACUCGCAACACCUCUAUCACUCGAUCCCGGGACGGAAGGUGACCGCUUCUGCUUGUUACCUGCGGCCAGCAGACAAUUAUAUAAAGGACCCCUGAGAAACGACGACAUACGGCCCCAGACGAUAGGCGCAACCUGGACCCCAGAGCGCCUCGACCCUAGCCCAGGACGUCCACCAGUCGUUGUGGCUCUUCACUUCCAUGGCGGCGCGUAUGUCUUGGGUAACGGACGAGAUGCCGACACUGGCUUCUUAGCCCAAAACUACCUAAAAUGGACUGGAUGCACACACGUUCUCACCCCUCAGUACCGGCUUGCAACGACACCGAAGGGGCGUUUCCCAGCAGCCGCUCAGGAUGCUCUGUCCGCUUACAUGUACCUUAUUCACAACCUCGGCAUACCCUCCGAGCAGAUCAUUGUGGCAGGGGAUUCAGCCGGGGGUAACCUUGUCAUGGCCUUGUUACGCUACAUCUCCGAAUAUGGCACUGAACUGGGGAUCCCGUGGCCUGCAGCUGCCCUGCUCUGGUCCCCAUGGACUUCGCUUGCAUCUUCUAGAGAUCCCACCAGUAUUCGGAAGUCUCCCAACUAUGCGACUGAUUACAUCCAUGAAAGCUUCCCGAUUUGGGGCGUCGAAGGACUCACUGGUCAUGGAGGUGUGUCAUUCGAUGACCCGUAUCUGUCGCCAGGACUUGAACAAAGCUUCACAAGUCUGACGCCGUUGUGGGUGCAUUCGGGAAAGCUGGAGCUCCUUUAUGAAGACAAUCGAGACUUUGUGACAAAGUUUCGUGCAAAUGGUACUCAGGUGGAGUGGGAUGUCGAUGAAGGUUGUCCACAUGACAUCGCGUUGAUGGGAGAAAAACUUGGGUUUGAGAAAGAAGCUGUGCAGGCGUCACGCCGGGCAGGGGAUUUCUUGUCGAAUGUCUUGAGCAAGGACAAGGUUACGUAGUUGCAAAAUUGAUUCCGGCACUCGCUGAAUGCUUAACUUGAAA